AUGUACCAUGCCUCUAUCAUGUUCCACUUCUACCUCGCCUUCAACCGUUUCUGCGCCGUCUUUUUUCCUCUUUACUACCGAAAAAUCUUUACCAACUUACUGACUCACAUCACCACUACAACAAUCUGGUUCCUGGCAUUUAUCAAAUGUCUAACCUUCUAUGAAAUCAUCGGUUGCUAUUUCCAGUACUACGAAUCGUUCUGGACAUUCUCAUCACUCUCGUCAGACUUCUGUGAUGACGUCAACUGGUACACCGAUUUCAUUCCGAAUAACUCUUUGGGCGUGAUGAUUGUAACCGUGAAUUUGGUGUCUGCUUAUAGAGCGGGCAGGAAUUCGAGAUCAUUGAGCUCCCCCGGGAAUCAGAUUCAGAUGACUAAGCAGCAGAGGCAACGAGAAAUUUAUUUCAUCAAGCAGACCUUCUUUCAAGGGACAUCGGUUUUUGCGGGGUUGGCCGCUUAUUAUGUGAUGGCUCCGUUAUUUGUGAAUGAUGUUGUUUUAUGUGUUCUUUCCACGUUUUGGGCAUUUAUGCAAGCGUUGGAGGGAAUAAUAAUCUUCGCGUCAAAUCGAGAGAUGCGUUUGGUGAUUUGGAAGAGUGGAAAUAAGGGAAGACCGAUUGUGGUGCCGAGUAUUUCUAUAAAUCUGUAA